UUUGCUUUCCUGUGUUUAAGACACGAAGAGCUUCCAGAUCUUAGGUCGCUGACUGUUGACACUCGGUACAACCACUUUCACUCCAACGAGGGGUGGAUACAAUAAAAUAACGGAAACUCAGACGGUCAGGAGCCGCCAUGCCUCUGGUCUCGGGACCACCGCCUAAGCCUGGGGACCUAAUUGAAUUCAUAAGGCCUUUUUACCAGCAUUGGGGUAUAUAUGUGGGAGAUGGAUAUGUUGUACAUCUGACUGAUCAAGAAGGUUGGUCUAGUUUAUCCUCAGCACUUGGUGGUACAGCCGUGGUGAGAAAGGAUCUCAUAGAAGAUGUUGCCGGUGGUUGCGAUUAUAGGGUCAAUAACAAGUAUGACCAGAAGAUGAUCCCUUAUGCUCCAGCAGAGGUGGUAAAGGCUGCAUUGCAGCAAGUCGGCCUAACAAUGCCAUACAGCGUGACCAGUGCCAACUGUGAACAUUUUGCAACUGAAUUGAGAUAUGGAAGGCGCUUCUCAGAUCAGGUGGUUAAUGCUACAACAUAUGCUGCAGUUGGAGGAGUUGCUUUAGCAUCAAUAACUGCCAUCUUUGCCCUUGUGAGGAAUAAGCGUCAGAACCAGUGAAAGGAAAAAAAGACCAUCUCUCAGUGUGCUUCCAGAUGAAAUCCCACGAAACAUUAACAUUGUACUCUUUUUCCAGAGAAAAGCAGUGCAAACUAUUUAAUGCCAGAGCAUUGGAAAGCAUCAGUCAACUUGUCCAAGGCUGAAGCAGCUUUUUCAUUUAACAAUAUAGGCAUUUGGGAAAAUUGGGUCACCAUUUAUUUACCAAAAUAAAAUUAUACGUUAUAUAAAGUAAACGCAAAGGUAGCCAACACACCUGCAUCACUAUAAGACAUGCUGCCUUAGAACAAUCCUUUCUCAUGGUAAGCCUACAACAUGCAGUCAAAGGAGGAAGUCCUAUGGAGUGGGCCAGAAUAACAUAAUUACGUAACAUGUGUACGUAAGUAUAAUAUACAGUUAGAAAAAACCUUGCAAUUUCCCUUAAUAACCAAACAUGGCACUGAAUAUUAAAAAGUUAUUUGCAGUAACAUGUAAUGUAUUGAGCAAUCAUAGUUGAUUUAAUUAUUUACAUUUUCUUUAACCUCUUGAUGACAAUAUAUGUGCCCGACCUGUCAUGGGGUUAAACAAGCAUAGAAAACAACAAUUGCUUUCUUAGCUCAGCUAGUGUUAAUGCAAUGCCUCGACACUGAGGCAUUCAGCACCACCAAAAAAAACAUAGGGGCCCUAUUAGACAGCGCAUAGGAGUGAUCAUUUUCACCAUAUUAAAAGGCUAUAUGCCUUUCAAAUCUGACAGCGCAUGUGGUCAGAAGGUAAUGAUGCUCAGCCAGUAUUGAUAAAGUGCCUUUAUAUAGAAACUUUCAGUAGCACACACAAAAAAAAGUCAAGGGCCCUGUUUGAUUGCUCCUAGGUGCAUUUUAAAACUCCAUCUGAUAGAGAUGCCCCUAACAAGAUGGUGGUGCCCGUUCAAAAUAAGUUCUCAGAGGGACUAUACAGGUCUAACCCUGCUGGUUGACUACUGGUACUACAGCCAACCAUGCAGGUCAAUGGAGCCCAGCUCGCUUAUCACUAUGUGACCAUUGAAAAAAAAACAGUCCUAAAAUUGGAGCUGGAUCUUCCAAAAAAUCCUGGCAUUAAGAGUUAAAAUACCACCAUUUGGAAUACCCUAGGGUGUCUAGUUUUCAAAAGUGUAUGAUUUGAUGGGUAAAUUGAAUUGGCUGGCGGCAAGGACUUGGGGUCAGGAUCGCCAGAUGUCAAAAUCCCAAAUUGAAAAAUGUGCACCUCCCGAACUUGGGGUUUUAGCCCCCAAAUAACCCAACAAACCUAUGCAUGGCUAUUACUGCACUCAGGAGAUACCACUGAACACAUAUUGGGGUGCUGUUUGGCUGCGAUUUAUAAAAACUAUAAAUUCAUACCUGAAGUUUAAUUUGUGUGAAGAAAACCAAAAAAAUACUAUAACGAACUUUGACAAAGGCUGGUGGUAACAUUAGUUGGAAAUGGUUGAAGUACCAGCAUUUGAAAUACCUUCAAGUGUCUA